UAAGUCACCGCACGAAUCACGUUUUUUUUUUUUGGAUUUUACAUUUUUACCUGUAAUACAUCAAUUGCUAUUCAUUAUCGUACUAGUUAUUUAAUUCUUGACUCAAAUAUUGUUAUUUUAGAGAUGUUUCUUCAUUGCUGUCUAAUCUAAUCUAAUCUAGUAAUUAUUAUCUAUAAUUCAAGUGACGCGCUUACAUCUACAAUGGCAACUAUACUAAAAUCGUCCAGGUUGAUUUGUUACUCAUUGCCUCGCAACAGGACUUCAUCCCAACUGAACAGAUGUAUCCAAACGUUAUGCAAAUACAAUGUACCGCUUCAAAAAUGUAUGAACGAUGUCCUUCGCAGACAAAACACAGUUAUUGGUCCGAUUGUGGGUCGUGCUAGAACUUAUGCCGCACCAAACGAAAAAAAAGUAUAUCAACGUAAUAAACCACACUGUAAUGUCGGAACUAUAGGCCAUGUAGAUCACGGAAAAACUACACUUACAGCCGCUAUAACUAAAAUUUUAUCCUCUAAAAAAAUGGCCAAGAUGAAGCAGUAUGCUGAUAUUGAUAAUGCUCCAGAAGAAAAAGCUCGUGGGAUUACUAUUAAUGUUGCACAUGUUGAAUAUGAAACCGAAGCCAGACAUUACAGUCAUACCGAUUGUCCAGGCCACGCUGAUUAUAUCAAGAACAUGAUCACAGGAACUAAUCAAAUGGACGGAGCUAUAUUAGUAGUAGCUGCCACAGAUGGUGCUAUGCCUCAAACUCGAGAACAUUUACUAUUGGCUAAACAGAUUGGAAUCAGUCAUGUCAUUGUGUUUAUUAAUAAAGUAGAUGCUGCUGAUACCGAAAUGGUUGAGUUAGUUGAAAUGGAAAUCAGAGAACUGUUAUCCGAAAUGGGUUUCGAUGGUGAAAAUUUACCAGUAAUAAAAGGUUCAGCUUUGUGUGCUCUUGAAGGAAAAGAACCUGAAAUCGGUGAAAAAGCUAUUCUAUCGUUGCUGGAUGAGGUUGAUAAAUAUGUACCACAACCGACCCGUGAUCUAGAUAAACCGUUUAUGAUGCCUGUAGAACAUGUUUAUUCAAUUCCCGGUCGUGGAACAGUCGUUACUGGUAGACUAGAAAGAGGAAUAAUCAAAAAAGGAAAUGAAUGUGAAUUCAUUGGCUACAACAGAACCAUCAAAUCCACCAUUACAGGUAUUGAAAUGUUCCACAAGAUUCUCGAAGAAGCUCAGGCUGGUGAUCAGCUGGGUGCUUUGAUUAAGGGUACCAAACGUGAUGACUUGAGACGUGGAAUGGUUUUGGCAAAACCCGGUAGUGUAAAAAUGCAAGACAACGUUAUCACUCAAGUAUACGUGUUGACAAAAGACGAGGGAGGUAAUGGCAAACCGCUAAUACCUUAUCAACAAUUGCAAAUGUAUUCUAAAACUUGGGAUUGUGCUGUUCAACUACAUAUUGUCAGCAAGGAGUUGGUUAUGCCGGGCGAAGAUUGCAGCAUCCAGUUAAAAAUGAUAAGACCUAUGGUUUUGGAACAAGGACAAAGGUUUACAUUGCGUGUCGCUGGCACAACGGUUGGUACAGGUGUCAUCACUGAUGUCAAGAAGAGGUUAUUAGACGAAGAACGACGGUCGUUAACAGAAGGAAAGAAAGCACGUGAAAAAAAGGCUGCAAAAGCUGCUGAAGUUUAAUUAGUAUUAUUCCUAAUAUUUCCAGCACUAAAGCCAAUACAAUGUAAAUAAACUAGUGUGCGACAUAGAUAACGGACAUUAUAAAUUGUAGUAUUUGUGUUUUCACAUUGAAUUACUAUUUGGAUAUUUAGCCUGUCAGAUUAAAUAAAACCCAUUUUUAUAAUAAAUAAUAUAAGAUUAUA